ACUGAGGGGCAAUUGUUGCGAGCUCGGGAUACACCGUGGCCCCGCAUCCCGGUCCUUUCCCUCUCUCUCAGCCCCACGGGCCGUUCGCGGGCCCCAGGCGCUUUCCGCUAACGAGGGAAGGGGUGGAGUCAUUUCUCUGGCGCAUGCGCAUCAGCGGGGCCGGGACAAUCGAGUUUCACUCAGUGAUGGAUGUGAAAUUUCUCUUUGCUGUAGCAGUACAGUACUUCUAAAAAAAACGAAUCACGGUUAGAAAUGACAAAGAAUCUGUGUACAGGAAUCUCAAACACGACAGCACAUCAGUUCCAAUGUCCCUAUCCAGAUAUUUAAGGAGUGACCAGAUAUUUCCUUUGUAACACCGAUACAUCUUUUGUUGAUCCUAGGAGAUGGAAGAAGUACCUCAUCAUAAUGGGAAACAUACUUUGUGUCUGAAAUUAAGUUUUCUGUUUUAACUCAGUGAGUCCACUGGAACCAGGGUGCUGAGAACUCACCAGCAUUUGUUGAUCUGUUCUGUCUGCGGGAAGCGAUUAAUUCUGUGAUCCAAGCUGACAAAAUGACAGAAAUUUCACAGCAGUGAGAAGCCGUUCACUUGCUCCGUCUAUUUUGGAAGAGAUUCACUCUCUCAGCCAGUCCGCAGACACACCAGUGAGUUUAUGGGGAGAGUGUUCACUAGUUCCAUGUGUAGGAAGAGGUUCACUCAGUAAUGUGAUCUGCUGACAGAUGAACAAGCUCUGACUGUGGAAAGGCUGUCCACCUGUUCAGGCUGUGGGGAGUGAUUCAGUCUCAUCCGAUCUGUAGACGCACCAGUGAGUACACACGAGAGAGACCACUUACCAGGUCAGUCUGUGGCAUUCACUUAGUCAUGCCACCUACAGAUACUCCACUCAGUUCACACUAGAGAGAGGCCAUUCACCUGCACAGAGUGUGGGAGGGAUUCACUUGAUUACCUGACCAACUGGCACACCAGUCAAUUCACAGUGGGGGAGGGGAUGCUGUUCACCUGCGCAGACUGUGGGAAAGGAUUCAAUCAAUCAUCUGACCUGUUGGCACACCAGUCAGUUCACACUGGGGAGAGGCCAUUCAACUGCUCAGAAUGUGGGAAGGGUUUCACUCGGUCAUCUCAAUUGAAGGUACAUCUGCGAAUUCACACUGGGGAGAGGCCGUUUAUCUGCUCAGACUGUGGGAGGAGAUUCACUCAGUCAUCUCAACUGAAGGUACAUCAGCGAAUUCACUCUGGGGAGCGGCCGUUCACCUGCUCUGAGUGUGGGAAGGGAUUCACGCGAUCAUCUGACCUAUUGGCUCACCGGUCAGUUCACAAUGGGGAGAAAAUGUUCACCUGCUCACACUGUGGAAAGGCAUUUUCACAGUCAUCCACCUUACUGAGACACCAGAGAGUUCACACUGGGGAGAAGCCAUUCACUUGCUCUGACUGUAGGAAGGGAUUCACUCAGUUAUCUAACCUACUGAGGCACCAGAGAGUUCACACUGGGGAGAAACCAUUCACUUGCUCAGAUUGUGGGAAGGGAUUCACUCAAUCAUCUUAUCUGCUGUCACAUCAGCGAAUUCACACUGGGGAGAAACCAUUCACCUGUUCACAUUGUGGGAAGGGAUUCAGUCACUCACCUCACCUGAAGGAACAUCAGCGAGUUCACACUGGGGAGAGGCCGUUCACCUGCUCUGAAUGUGGGAAAGGAUUCAUUCGAUCAUCUUACCUGAAGCAACAUCAGCGAGUUCACACUGGAGAGAGGCCAUUCACCUGCACUGAAUGUGGGAAGAGAUUCAGUCGAUCAUCUGACCUGAAGCAACAUCUGCGAGUUCAUUCUGGAGAGAGGCCGUUCACCUGCUCUGAAUGUGGGAAGAGAUUCACACACUCAUCUCACCUGAAGGCACACCAGCGAGUUCACACUGGGGAGAAACCAUUCACCUGCUCAGACUGUGGGAAGGGAUUCAGCCGAACAUCUGACCUGAAGCAGCAUCUGCGAAUACACACUGGAGAGAGGCCGUUCACCUGCUCUGAAUGUGGGAAGGGAUUUUCUCAGUCAAGCAACCUUGUGGCGCACUACCGAGUUCACACUGUGGAGAGGCCGUUCACCUGCUCAGACUGUGGGAAAGGAUUCAAUCAUUUAGCCGACCUUCAGAAGCACUAUGGAGUUCACACUGGGGAAAAUGUUUAAAUUAGUCGUAUGCUGGAUAUUUAACCAUCACAGUUACCAAAUCCAGAGACAAGUUCAAAAAUGACUGUUGGUGUCAAACUGAAAUUAUUGCUGCUGCUCAUCACACCCAUUUCUGCACCCCAGUCACUGGAACUGGGAGGAUUUUCUUCUGCUGAUGUUCACAUUUAAUGGGACUGGAGUUUAAUAUUCUGAAUCUGUGACAAAUAAAUCAGUUCUAUUUUAAA